GACAGCGAUGGAGAGAAGAGCGAUCAAGAUCUGGUCGUCGACGUGGCGAACGAGGAGCCGGCAUCCCCCCACGCCAACGGCGAGCACUCGGAUCCCCGUGAAAACGGCACCUUGGAGAAGCUCGGCGCUCCCGGCCACGGCGGCGGGCCCUCCUCCGCUUCCGGUCCGACCUCCGUUAAGGACAGGCCCCCCUCGCGAAGCGGAAGCUCUUCGGCUCGAAGCACGCCCUCUCUGAAAAGUAAAGAUGUCGACAAGCCGGGUACGCCUGUGGCGGUGGCGAGGGGAUCGCGCAGCUGUACUCCAACUAUGGGGGGCAUCCCUGGGCCCUUGGCAUCCCGGGCCUAUCAUCCGCCAUCAUCGCAGCAAACUCCUCCUCAGGGCUAUCAGGGCUUGCCCUCCCGCGGCAAUGAGCCCCAGUCCCCCUCCUCCUACAACAACUUGUCCUAUGCGAGGUCCUCCAUGCUCGGAUUCGACAGCCACGUGCGGGUGCCUUCGAGCAACGGGCUGAGCAACAUCCCCGGCGGAAAACCACCGUACUCGUUUCAUAUGAACGGAGACGGCCAGCUGCAGCCCGUGCCCUUCCCCACGGACGCGCUGAUCGGACCAGGCAUACCCCGACACGCCCGGCAGAUCAGCACCCUGACGCACGGCGAGGUGGUGUGCGCGGUGACGAUCUCGAACCCCACCAAGUACGUCUACACCGGGGGCAAGGGCUGCGUCAAGGUCUGGGACAUCGGGCAAGGCGGCACCGGGAGCAGCAAGCCGGUCUCUCAGCUGGACUGCCUGCAGAGGGACAACUACAUCAGGUCGGUGAAGCUGUUGCCCGACGGCAGAACGCUCAUCGUCGGAGGCGAGGCCAGCCAGCUGAGCAUCUGGGACCUGGCCGGACCCACCCCGCGCAUAAAGGCCGAGCUCCCGUCCUCGGCCCCCGCCUGCUACGCCCUGGCCAUCUCGCCGGACUCCAAGGUCUGCUUCAGCUGCUGCAGCGACGGCAACAUCACCGUCUGGGACCUCCAAAACCAGUCGCUGGUGCGCCAGUUCCAGGGCCACACGGACGGCGCCUCCUGCAUCGACAUCUCCGCCGACGGGUCCAAGCUCUGGACCGGCGGCCUCGACAACACGGUCCGCUCCUGGGACCUCCGGGAGGGUCGGCAGCUCCAGCAGCACGACUUCACCUCGCAGAUCUUUUCCCUGGGGUACUGCCCCACCGGCGAGUGGCUCGCCGUCGGCAUGGAGAACUCCAACGUCGAGGUCCUUCACGCCACCAAGCCCGACAAGUAUCAGCUGCACCUCCACGAGUCCUGCGUCCUCUCUCUCAGGUUCGCCUCCUGCGGCAAGUGGUUCGUCUCCACUGGCAAGGACAAUCUGCUCAACGCGUGGCGCACGCCCUAUGGUGCCUCCAUUUUCCAGCUGAAGGAACCCUCGUCGGUGCUGAGCUGCGACAUCUCGACCGACGACAAGUACAUCGUGACCGGCUCCGGGGACAAGAAAGCCACCGUCUACGAAGUGAUCUAUUAACUUCGCGGCGUUCUGUACAUUUCCACGAAACCACGCGAAUCCGAGCUGCGAGAACUAUAGCGGUUUAUAUGUCAAGGGUUCCUCGCAAUUGUACAUACAAUACUGGAAUCGUAACGUCCACGUGGCCCGCCAUGAAGAAGUCCAGGGGACGACGAAGACUCGUCUUCGCGAGCGAACGGAGAGGCAAGUGCUCGGGUCGACGAUGCCUCUCAUUUGUACAGUAACGCGAGACCUACAGGAGUUUUGAGAGACCUGUUAAUAGGACAGUGGCUAAGGGUGUGAUUUGCGUAGACACGAAGAAACAGUGAGACCUAUACAUAAUUAUACAUACGAUUAACGAUAAAUGCCGCGAGCACAAGGCGACGUACGAGGAAGGUACGCGCCGACGUCUCCAGGUCGAAAAGGGAAAUCUAAGAGUUUUCUAUCUUUCCUUUCGUGUCGUUCAAGGAUUAGAUAGCUUCCCGUUUACUUACGGUUCUUUAACUAAACAAGAAGAAGCGUCGCAUUUCUUUCGUUAGCGUUAAGGUUUCUGAAAUUUAAGGGACGAUAAAUAAAAUCACAUUAAA